CGGCGUGUCAGCGUAAACAUUCGCAGUGUCAGACAGAAAAUGAAAGCGUGAUUCAGUGUAAAGUGUUUUCUGCAGGAGGAUGAGCAGCGCGCCGGGCUCCUGCACUGCAGCCGGUCAGCAGAGAUCAUGAGCGGCGCCAAACUGGAGCAUUUACUGGCGGAAGCAGUGAGCGAAGCGGAUGCCAGGAGUGUGCUGUGUCUGCUGGGUCGUGGCGCUGACCCGAACCGUAUCAUGUGUGAUGGAGUGGCGGCGGUGCAUCUGGCGGCCGGGAGAGAGUCUGAGAGAGGCCUGCGGUGCCUGAAGCUGAUGCUGGAACACGGAGCCGAUGCUAACCUGCGAUCUGCCGAAGCUCUCACUCCUCUACACAUAGCUGCAUCCUGGGGCUGCUUGCAGAAUCUCAGACUGCUCUUGAGGAACGGCGGAAACCCAAACCUCAGAGAUCAAGAUGGGAAUAGAGCGUCAGAUCUGGCAGAGCAGGAGGACAACAGUAAAUGUGCCAGUCUGCUGCUGGAGCACGAGCUGCUCACACACACGCAGGAGGACGACGCUCCCAGAUUCCACUACUCGCUGCUGUCGGAGGAUUCGGUUCUAAGCAGCACUCAUCUGUCCAGCAUCUCCAGAACCAGCGACAAACACAGAGAAACGGCAGCGCUCUGGCUGUCAGAGCUGGUGGAGGAGCCCGUCAUGUCCAGCACAUGUGUUUCUGCUGUGGAUCCAGUACUGCUUUCGGCACACACGGACGCACACACAGACGCACACACAGACGCACACACAGACGCACACACAGAUGCACACACAGAUGCACACACAGAUGCACACACGGACGCACACACAGACGCACACACAGAUGCACAGACGGACUGUGAGGUUUCUCCAAGUUUCCCCGGUCGGUCUCAGCAGGAGCUCCAGAAGAGCUUGAGAGCAGCUGAUGAAUAUUUCUCCAUCCUCUGCCCUCACCCGCAGCUCCACCCGUCUGCCGACUCCACCUUUGACCUGUCUCAGUAUUCAGGGUUCCUGCACGGCGAGCGCACGGCAGCGGUGCGGCAGAACCAGGGAAUCGACGUCACCAGCCCUGACGAGGUCUUCGUGUUCUCUAAGGAUGUGGAUGCAGAAGAUGAGUUCGAUAAGACUGUAGUGGGGCCUGCAGCUCGUGAUGAAGAUGAGGAUGAUGAAGAGUUUAAGAGUGUGUUUCAGCCUCCGCUCAGCAGUGGGUCCAGUCAGUACACCAGCUGUGGCAGUGACUCGUUCCACAGCCCUGUCCUGGAGCACCAGCGGCUGCCGGACCCCCAGAACCCUGAUAAUGCUCCAGGAGAACAGGAGAGACGCUCCGCACGGCCGCUGGAGGAGCCGCAGGGUUCCAGAACGGCUGAAGAUCACUGUCAGGGUGAGGAAAUUGAAGAUGACUGUGUUCCGAGCCCAUUCGUCACGGGCAGAACUCGCUCCAGAUUGAGCCGCUGCUCUCAGAGGAUGAGCCAGAAGCUGAGUUCCUCUGACAGCAGCUCUCUCCUGUUCGAGCAGCCGCUGCCCAGCGCCGAGCGCCGGCACACGAAGAAACGGCAGAACAGAGAACCGGAGCGAGACCACAGAAGAAGAGGAGGAGGAGGAGGAGUGCAGGAGCUGGAGGAGGAGCUGGAGUCACGCCUGCACUCCCUCUGCUUAUCUGAACACUCCAGCGCUCGCAGCCCAGCGGACACACUCACACACACGCAGACGGAGAGCGAAGCUGACACCGUCAUCAUCCCAGACCACAGCGAGGACACGCAGAGGAGUGUGCGCGCGUCUCCGCAGAGGAGUGUGCGCGCGUCUCCGCAGAGGAGUGUGCGCGCGUCUCCGCAGAGGAGUGUGUGUGCGGCCCCGGGGCCUUCAGGAUGCACACCGCGGUACAGCAUGAGCCGACUGUCGGGCCGCUCCGGCAGGCAGGCGCUGAAGAACACCUGCACAUCUGUGGCUCCGCCCUCACCAGUGGCCCCGCCCUCACCUGCAGACGAGCUGGAGCAGUACCUGUACACAGACACAGAGGAGGGCCAGCAGCUGAUCGAGACGCGCGUGCCGCCGACCUGCGCUGACGACACGCUGCUGUAUGACUGGCGCUCGCUAACACACCCCUCGCCAGAGCGCAGCGCAGGAGCACACACUGCACACACACUCACAGACACAGAGCUCAGACACACACUCCUGCAGAUGGGGGAGCAGCCGGGCCCCAUUAACACACUGACCCGCCCGCUAUACCUGCAGAAGCUGAGGAGAGUCCUGCAGACAUCUGACCCGGCGCACGCAUGCGGUGCAGGGUACAGUCCUGAACUGGCUCAUGCUCUGGAUGGGUUUGUCCUGCCGGACUGCCUGGCGGAUGAGUUGUCUCUGUGUGAGCAGUUCGAUAAGCCGGACCAGAACAGGCGAUGGCGAGAGGGCUUCAUUAAGUCCAGCUUUAAUUACCUGCUGCUGGACCCGCGAGUGACGAGGAAUCUCCCGUACCGCAGUCAGGCCAUGGCGCCUCAGGAGUGCUUCCAGACGUUCAUCAGCGCCGUCUUCUAUGUGGGCAAAGGCAAGCGCUCGCGGCCGUACAGCCACCUGUAUGAGGCGCUGGAGUACUACAGCGGAGACAAAACCUCAAAGAAACUGUGCUCGAAGGUGCAGCAGAUCCUGCAGGUGUGGAGAGCCGGGCACGGCGUCAUCUCUCUGCACUGCUUCCAGAACGUGAUGGCCGUGGAGGCGUACACACGCGAGGCCUGCAUGGUGGACGCCAUCGGGCUAAAGAUGCUGACCAAUCAGAAAAAGGGAGAUUAUUACGGCAUCGUGUCCACCUGGCCGGCGCAGCGGAGGCGGAACUUAGGAGUUCACCUGCUGUACCGCGCCAUGCAGAUCUUUCUGGCGGAGGGAGAACGGCAGCUGCGGCCCGCAGACAUCAGAUGAACACACACACACACCAGCUCGGGUUGGCAGACUCAGAUGAACACACACAUUGUGGAGUCACACUGGACUGCAGAGGUCUCGCGCCCUUUAUAGUGCCAAAACAGAUGUUGAUAAUAGAAGUAAUCAGUGAGCAUUAAACCCUUCUGAGUGAUCAUGAGAACUACACACACACACACACACACACAGCUGAACAAAGACUGACCCAAACACACCUGCAGUGCAUCCUCAGUGUAUGAUGAUGGUUAUCAGAGUCAGCAGGAGUGGGCCGCCGUGAUCAUGUCUCAGUGGGAGUCUCAGUCUUCAGCAGCUGUUCUUAAUGUGUAUAGACUAACAGAUGUGCUGCAUUAAAUCUGUUUUUAAUUGUUAA